AUGAAGUUCACUACGUCUGCGGCAGUCGCCGCUGUUGUCGUGCUGAUGUCUGCCGGCACUGAAGGCAGCAGUCCGACGGAGCAGACACCCAAGCUUUCCGGCGAGAAGCUUGCUGAGUUAAUGCAGCUGAGUCUGCGGGAGAUUAGGAAGAGGAUGGACUCUAUUUUUGCGCUCGUGGACACGGACAAGAAUGACGAAAUCUCGAAGGAUGAGGCGGAGAAGUGGAGUACCAAACUUAAGGAGGCGAUGCACAAGCACCAAGUUAAGCAGGAAUUCAUCUCGAUUGACAAGAAUAACGACGGAAAGAUUACGCUGGAAGAGCUCGAGGUUACCUACACAGACGGCGCCGACGCAGCCAACCAGGAAGCGCACAAGCAAGAGGUUCACAAGAGGUUUGUAGCGGUGGAUAAAGACAAAAGUGGGAGCCUGAGCUUGGAAGAGGUGACUAUCCUGAUGGAUCCAGGAAAGGACGAUGUCCUCAUGCAAAUUGAAGUUGAUGAGAUUAUGGCGGCUCAAGAUAAGGAUAAGGACGGAUCGAUCUCUCUUGACGAAUUUCUACUCAACGAAGGCGGCACGCUGACAGAUCCGGAGAAAGAGGAACUGACCAAGGAGUUCUCGACAUACGAUAAGAACAGCGAUGGGAAGAUAGACGAAGCAGAGCUUCGGACUGUAAUUGAGGAUCCACACGCGCACGACCUCCAGCAAAUGUUGGAUGCCCUUAAUGCCGAGAUGGAAGACGGCAAAAUCACGAAGGACCAGUGGCAAGACAAGUUCGAGACCUUCUCCGUGUCUAUGCUUACCGACAACGGAGAACUCUUGAGGUUCCCCGAAGAAUACGAAGGCAUUGAGCUUCCCUUCCAGGGCAUUAGCGUCGGGCCGGGGGAGGAAGACGAACUCAAGCACGACGAGCUGUAA